AUGGUAACAGCGGAUUUUCUAAUUUGACUGAAUCCACAGGUAAACUAGGGAUGGUUGAAGAUUUAAAUGUUACCGGAGUAUUCUUUGAAAACAAGCACAUUGUCAUUUAUAUGACUUGGAAACCACCUGUUGGGAAGAUGAUAUUCAAAAAUAUGAUGUACAUAUCACUAUGAAGAAAUGUAACAAAAUUGUUGCAACAUCUGAAAAUGCUGUUUUUUAUCCUUCUACUUCAAUGCCAGCUCGUAUGGACCUGUCGUGCGAGUUCCAAAGUUGUGUGGUCGACUUACAUAUGGAAGCCAAUGCAGGUUGUAAGAUUGGAGAAAAAACCAUUUAUGAACUGGACCUAACAGAGUUUACUGAUUGCCAUAAUGAAUUAUCAAGUCUCGGUAAGGACAUACUUGCACUCUUGGAGCAUAACCUACAACUUAUACCAAAUUUUCCUGGCCAGAAAUUUCUUGCAUUACCGAAUAUAAUGUACCAUUUCAAGUUGGCCUUUCCUUACACCUUUAACACAACUUCCCUGCUUGACGAAACAACUACAUAUCAGACAACAGUGAAUAAAACUUUGGUAUCCACCUUGAAUUCUAAGAAAACAGUUACAGUGUUAAUAGAAGACAUUGCUGAAGAUACUUCGGAAGAUGAUAAAAUGAAUGUUGUUACGUUGGUACUGUACAUUACUCUGCCUUUGCUCUGUCUGUUUGUCGUGGUGGUAAUUGUGUACGUCUUUAUUCGACAUCAUAAAUUUUCAUCAAUGACCGAACAAAUGAUGAAGGACAAAGAAGAAGGUGUUCCUAAUAUUUAUAUAUCGCCAAAACUGAUUAAACGGCCAAUACCUGGUCCACAUGAUAGAUGGGAGGUACCAUUAUCAAGAAUAGAGUUUGGUGAAGUGCUCGGGGAAGGUGCAUUUGGAAAAGUUAUACAGGGAAAAAUUGAAGGCAGGGUUUUAACACAUCAAAAUUCACAGUCAUCAUUAGUUAAAGAAUGGGCACGUAGUCAAGAUGUUACCGUGGCAAUCAAAAUGCUACAUGAAUAUGCUGAAGACACUCAGAGAAAUGAAUUUUUACGAGAAAUUGAGUUGAUGAAAGACAUUGGGCACCAUCAGAAUGUAGUCAGCAUCAUUGCAUGCUGUACAGUACAGGAACCUCUAUGUCUUAUUGUACAACAUUGCCAAGAUGGCGAUUUACUCAAGUUUCUACGACAGAGACGAUCAGAGCUUGUUGCCAAUAACCAAAAUAUUGAUGAGUCAGAGAAGCUCAAUCCAUCUGACUUACUGUCAUUUGCCAGGCAAAUUGCCAUUGGAAUGGAGUUUCUCUCUCAGAAAGGUUUUGUUCACAGAGACUUAGCUGCAAGGAAUGUCUUGGUAUCUGACCACAAAACAGUGAAAAUUGGAGAUUUUGGACUGACUCGGUACAUCUAUGAUGAUAAGAUAUAUCAUAAUAAAAAGGGCGGAAAAUUACCUAUAAAGUGGAUGUCUGUUGAAGCUAUAUUUGAUCAAGUAUUUACAACUCAGAGCGACAUUUUGAUCAAUGGUAAUUCGGCACUUGAAAAACCUGGGCUUUAUCUGAUUCUCUUCGACUUUUGUUGCAGCUGGUCAUUUGGUGUGGUGUUAUUUGAGCUGGUUACACUAGGCGGAUGUCCUUAUCCUGGAAUAUCAAACCAAGAUGUAGUCAAUUUAUUAAAACGUGGUUAUCGAAUGGAGAAACCUGACAACUGCUCAGAUAACCUCUAUGAAAUUAUGUUGAUAUGCUGGCGAGAAAAAACAGCCGAAAGACCAACCUUUACUGACCUCAGAAAACAACUGGAAGACCUCCUGGAACAGAAUACACCAUACCUUGAUUUCAAUUUAGAUGAAAACAAAGAUUAUUAUGUAUUCUCUUCAUCAGGCAGCUCUGCUGACACCUGCCACCACCUCGACGUGACAGACACUGAUAGUGGUGAAGAAGAGACGGCAACACCUGACUCAUUAAAAUUUAUAAUAGGGAGUGACAGCAGUUCUGGUGACAGCGGCACUUUAUCACGUUGCCUUGGACACAGUGCUAAUGAUCUCAAUUCGCAGUAUAGCUCAGAGGAACGAAACCCACUGAUGGAAAACAGCGUUAUAUAUCAAAACAAUAAUGAAGAAACAGAUGGGCAACUUUCACUUAAACAACAUAUAUAUAUUCAACCGGACAACAGCUUACAACUUAACAGAAAUUUUAUCAGGAAAGACUUCCAUCAACUCAUUGAAACUGUUGUCUAA